UAAAAUCGUAAUACAGUUCAGAAACGUCUUAAUAUUUAAAUCUUUUAGUGCACAUCCUGAUAGAAUCGCUAGUAAACUGUGACAUUGGUAUAAAAAUGACGCUAAAUCAAAAUGAAUAUUCUGAGAAAAGUAUAAAAUUUAUAAUUCUUUAUAAAAGCAGCUUCCUUACACGAUUCUCCAUAGCUCAUUACGAGAAUUCAUUUAAUUAGUAUUUUCCUGUGUGGAAGUAUUAAAGUUAUACAGUUUAAUCGAUAGUGUUAUAACACGUCUUUUUGAAAUUCACAAAACAAGAAAAACCCGGAAAAUUGCAUGAGGAAAGUCCGCCGGGAUAAUUUGUGAGAUCAAAUGAUGCUCGGACCGAAAUGAGGAAAAGUUGACGCAUAAUAAAAAGUGCCGUCGGAGGGAUCGAAUGGCCGAUGCUUAUAACGUCUGGUACCGAUACGUUUGUUGUCAGAUCACAAACGCUAUCGGAGUUCACGGCGACCGCCUCACAUUUUGAAAGUAUUAAGUUUCAUUGAUUUUGUUCAACAAUGGUAGCAUUAUGAUUCAUUUUGACAAUUUACUGCGUUUUUUGCAUUGCCACCGGUCUGGGAAAUCAAACGAUCGAUGAUUUUUGUCGUGUGACAAGUGGUUUAAGUGUAAUAUUAGUUCAUUGAAAUUUCUAUCUGAAUUUUCCUAAGUUCCCGGUCAUUAUUUCGAAAAAUCGUUCAGGAUGACUUGCGACGAAGUGUGCGAUGACGCACUGGCGAAGGAACGAUCCAUCGACACUGCGAUUGAACUAGCAGGAACUGGAAAAUUCACAAAAAAAGUCAUAAUCAUCGGUGCAUUGAUGGUGCUGAAUGCAUCAUUCGUGACAACGAGUAUAAGUCUGAUAUUCCCUGCAGCUUCUUGUGACUUCAAUUUGAGUACUCUGGAUCAGGGAGUUAUAACUGCAACCCCCCUUUUAGGGAUGAUUUUUGGUUCCUAUUUCUACGGUUGCCUGGCCGAUUUGAGUGGACGAAAAAGGGCCCUAUUAGUAACUUUAUUCUCCCAAGGAUUAUUUGAAGCUCUGUCUGCUGUAGUUUCAAACUACUGGGGAUUCUUGUUCUUCAAAUUUCUCACCGGAUUCUCACUAAUUGCUCAGAAUGGAGUGGGGUAUCCGUAUGUCGGCGAAUGUCUACCACCGAAACUCCGACGACAAGUGCUUUGCGCACUGGAAAUCGCGUGGAUAAUUGGAAUGAUAAUUUUGCCAGGUUUUGCUUGGGCAAUCAUUCCACUAGAAUUCACUUAUACAACUGAUUAUUUCUUCUUCCACUCGUGGAACCUCUUCGUACUCCUGUAUUCACUUCUCGCACCGGCACUGGCACUAUGGCUCUUGACGUUUCCUGAAACUCCAAAGUAUCUUGCCGAUUGUGGAGAAGAUGCAAAACUCGCUGAGGCGCUUGGAGUUAUGCAUUCAGAAAAUACGGGCCGACCAUUCAAGGAAUAUCUUGAGGCCUUAACGAAGCACGACCUACGGGAUCUUCGCACUCGCCUGGAAUCUCCGAGCAGCCGAAAGCAUGAGCUUUCAAAAUCUGAGAGAACCGGAAAAAUGUGCAUGGAAAUUGUGGCCAAUACAGUAAAACUGCUGAGGCCUCCAUUCCUCAAGCAAACUGCCCUAAUUUGUGCACUUCAAUUCUGCAUCGGCUCAACGUAUUUUUCCUUUGCCCUGUGGUUUGCAGAAUUAAUCCGACGAUUGGAGAACUUUGAGGCCACGUUUCCAGGGGAACCCUCGUGGAUCUGCAGUGUUGUUCCUAAAGAUGUUCCUACAAAUAUAACGAUUGAAACAGGGAAAUGUUUACCAGAAAUUCCCACGAAUGUUUACAUGCAUACGCUAAUCAUCAGUCUAGCAUGUUUACCUUCGAAUAUUCUAGUCCCACUUUGUAUAGAAAAACUUGGCUAUAAAUUUUUCAUAGUGACAUAUAAUGCCGGAGCAUUCUUCAUAACAGCUGGAUUAUUUUUCGUACAAUCAUCGAUUCAAAAUCUAAUUCUAUCAGCGUUUUAUGAAGCUUUCACAUCAGUUGGUUUAGCUCUAGUACUAGUAGUCAUUACAGAAUUAUAUCCCACGCAAAUUAGAGCAACAGCAUCAGCAUUUGGUAUGUUGCUGGGAAGAAUAGGUGGAGUCUUUGGGAAUCUGCUGAUUGGAUAUCUGAUCGACAAAUACUGUGGCUCCUUCAUCGUCAUAACCAUGGGUCAACUCUUAGUUUGUGUAAUCAUCGGUUUUAUCCUGCCAGUGAAGAGAGGAGAGAAGAAGACAGUGACUGAAUUUUGCGAAUCACCAGUGUAUAGGAUAGAUGUCACACACCUCUAGAAGAAAAAAGUUUUUCACGUAGUUAUUACCAAUAUAAAAUGUCAAAAUAGUUUCCACGACGCAUUUACCAUCGAACUAAAAAGUACAGGCCCUCGACAGGGCGGGAUUUUUUAUUUUUUAUUUUUUAUCUCAGGACAUGGAGGGAGAGGAAGAGAGAUAUUUUAAUUUUCUAUUUAAUAUAAUUUAUAUUAAACAAUUAUUUUAUCUAAUUAAAGAAUUUCCCACACCUCA